UUCAGAUCGCCCGCGAUCUUGUCCUCUCAACCACUCCUCCACCUUCUCCAACAGCAAACCUGCAACAGACCUCUCUUUGCGGAGACUUUCAAUGCCCGACAGAUACAGGUGCGACAUUUCGGCGCUAGGAGGUCCUUGACAGACAACAAAGGCAGCAAAUGGCCUUGAAGAUCCAACAACAGCCUCAGUAGCGCCCUGAAAAGCAACAACACAAGCUGCCCCGUCCGGCGCCAAAAUGAAUGGAUUUCCGCUCCCAAUGGCUUUUUGAAUCUGUUUCAGGCUCCAUUUCAGUCCAUUGUGCCUAUUGUUCGCUAUCAUUGCCUGUUGAUUCAUCCCGGAUUACUCAAUGAUGGGCAGCUCGCGUCUCAGGCUGAAUUAAUAGCGCCGCCCUGGCCAUGCCUUCCUUCUCUACGCCUCUCCAAAUUGGCUUCGUGGUUCUUUCUCUUCUUACACCAUCUCUUCAGACACUACUAACUUCUGCUGCUGGUCGGCGCCUUGAGCCUCACCUUCUUUCUAUUUCCUUUGAACUGUUGACCUACAGAUAUCCUGAACAUAAGCCAAGCGCUGUUAUAGAGCCCGCAUCCUACUACUCGUUGCAUUUCAUUCCUCAGUCUCAACAAGAACCGCAAUCAUGAUGGCCUCGUUAAAAGAGUCCCUGGCUGGACCAGGAUAUGUGAUCCUAAACGCCCUCCGCGUCAUCAACAUCAUCGUCUUCCUCGAUAUGAUCGCCGCUCAUGUGGUCAUGCUCGUCAAGAUAGACCUCUUGACGAGCUUCUUCUUCUUUCAAGCAGUCUCGCAUGCAAUAGCAAUUGGAACCAGCAUUUUCCUCAUAGUCUCAGAACUCCCGUUCUUCCGCAAUUUCUUCGACCGCCACUGGCCAUCCCUCGGCGAAGAAUCCGGAUUCCUCACACUCGCUGUCAUAAUGCUGAUACUUGGGAUCGGAGCACUCGGUGAUCUCAACACACCGGCUACAAGUCAAGAAGAGCUCGGCCUUACAUUCUGGAGAAUCAUUAUCUCGGCCGGAAUUCUGGCCCUAGUCGUGAGCGUGAUCAAUGUUGUCGCAAACUUCGCCUUUGCAGACCGCGACAUCGGCGUCAGCGCCCGCCAAGUCCGCGUCUACGGUGCGGUCGCGCCCCAAAAGGUGGCCUCACGAACAUGCAGUCAGCGGUCGUUGCAGCUCAGCUAUAAGCGCGAAGAAACACUUCCCUCGUACAGCACGUCGAGUCCCAUACGCCGAGCAUCAACCGCAAGCAUGUCGCGUUUUCCGAUAAAGAUUUCUUCGCCACUCAAUCCCAUGCGCAUGAACAGUAACGCUGCGUCGUCCAAGUACUCUCGGGAUUCCUCCGGUGUGACUAUUCCCGAUAUUGCCCACCAUCCAGCUCUACAGUCCGCGCAUGUUUGA